CACAAACCAAACAAGCCGCUGUACAUGCAUAACCACACAUAAGUCGACCCGGAUUCUCCCAACUCCGAAAAUCUCUCUCCACCACCCUACGAUUUCGUCAUCUCCUGCUCCUCCCACCCCAUAUCUUCUCCACCCUUCCUAUCUCUCUCACCAUUUUAUAUACUCUCUCUCUCUCUCUCUCUCUCUCUCCUCUCUCCUCUCUCCCGCCCUUACUUUUUAUCUUUCCCUUGCCAAAAUCUCUCCCCUAUUAUUAUAUCUCUCACACCACACUACUCUCUCCUCCUCAUAUCCGCAAGCUCUCGGCAAUUUCUUCACUUGCGUUUCGGUUCAUUCCCUCAUUGUCGUGCCUUUAAUUAGACAACACAAUUAAUCCAACAUCGUUUUGGGGUUGUCUUGUCUGUGAAUGUGAAGAUUGAUAUAAGGGACAUAAUUUCAGAGCCGGAACGAUGUUCACCGAGACGAACAGCUUGCCUUCUAAAAUAGGCAAUGCUAUGCAUUCCGAUCCAAAUAUUUCGUCCACGGUUAACGAUGAAGAAUACGCCGUUCGUAACAGCAGCUUCUCGUCCUUCGACCCAAGCCGGAUGAGCGGCGAGGGCUCUCCCAUGAUGAUGUCUCCCUGGAACCAAACAACCCCUUUCACCAAAUCACAAUGGUCUAACAUUGAAGACAGUAUUCCUCAAAAACUCCCCCAAAAUGGCCUAAUUGGGUCGCUUGUCCGCGAAGAAGGCCAUAUUUAUUCUCUCGCCGCCACGGGUGAUCUGUUGUAUACCGGGUCGGACAGCAAGAACAUUCGGGUCUGGAAGAACUUGAAGGAAUAUUCUGCGUUCAAAUCCAACAGUGGGUUGGUCAAAGCGAUUAUUAUCUCUGGUGAGAAGAUAUUCACGGGUCAUCAGGACGGCAAGGUUCGGGUCUGGAAAGUACACCCGAAAACCCCCGGAAUCCAUAAGCGGGCCGGAACAAUGCCUACUUUCAUGGACAUAUUCAAAUGCUCCAUCAAACCCAGCAAUUAUGUCGAGGUUAAGCGUAAGCGAUCCACUCUCUGGAUCAAGCACUGCGACGCUAUUUCAUGCCUCAGCAUGAAUGAAGAACAUGGUCUGCUGUAUUCGGCCUCAUGGGACCGAUCCUUCAAGGUUUGGCGGAUCCAGAAUUCCAAGUGUCUCGAGUCGGUUAAGGCCCACGACGACGCAGUCAACUCCGUCGUCUCCACCGCCGGCGGGAUGGUUUUCACCGGCUCCGCUGACGGCACCGUCAAGGUGUGGCGGCGGGAGAUGCAAGGGAAGGUGACCAAGCAUACCCUGCUUGACACCCUAUUGAAACAAGAGUGCGCUGUCACGGCCCUUGCUGUUGGUGGGUCGGGUUCGGUUGUUUAUUGCGGGUCGUCGGACGGGUUGGUGAAUUUCUGGGAACGUGAGAAGGAGUUGUCUCAUGGUGGGGUCCUCAAAGGGCACAAGCUGGCGGUUCUGUGUCUUGAGGCUGCAGGGAAUCUGGUGUUCACCGGAUCAGCGGAUAAAAACAUCUGUGUGUGGAGGAGGGAGGGGAAUAUUCACACGUGUCUCUCCGUGUUGAGCGGUCACACUGGGCCGGUGAAAUGCCUGGCAGUGGAGCAUGAUAAGGAAUCAACGGCUGGGGAUCAAAAAUGGGUUGUGUACAGUGGCAGUCUUGAUAAGUCCGUGAAGGUGUGGAGCGUGUCCCAGCAAGCGCCUGAUCUUCAUCAAGCGGCUAUGAUGCAACAAAACCAGGGUUCUUCAGAUGGGGAUGUUUCUUGGGAUUCUAUUCCAUCGGCAAAGUACUGAAACUCCUGUGACCGUAACUAAUGUUAUGAACACAACAAUUAAUUACAAAAAUAACUAUCGAAUAAAUAAAAAAUAAUUUAUAAAUGUUUAUAGAUGUCAAAAUUUUAUUGUAAAUAUUCGAUGGUUAAUUCUGUGAUUUGUUUUGCGAUCUUAACAUUGGUUUUUUAGCUUGAAAUGAUUUAUUUUACCUUUCAACAUGUCUUGGUAAGUGCCACAUGUACUCUUGGCCAAGCUUGUUUGCGAUGAUUUUGGUAAUGGUGACCAAGCUUGAAGAACAGGGGACAUUGUUGUUUUAUGUUAUUAUGAGCUUGGAUAUUAUUGUUUAUUUAGGAAAAAGUAUUGGAAGAAGA